CUCUGAGAGAUCUGAUGUACUUGCUGUUCAAGCUGGGCCAAUGGGAAAAAACCUUCCUCCCACAAACUCUAUGAGCUUCUAACCAGUACCAAAUCAAGAUGCAGUCUGCAUGAGAAACUGCAAAGAGGAAACAAAGAUUGAAGGUGCCUCACACGAAACUGAAGAAAGAGAAGAGUGAGGUCUGUUUGGGCGGAGCUGUCAAGAGAAAAAUGGAGAACCCAUUGCUCUUAUCCCCUCAGCUAAAUACUGCUUCAAGAGUGAGAUCGCUGUGUAAAAUCAUGAAAUCCAUGAAUAAAGAGGGGGCCAAGCCAGACACAAAAAACAGGUCUCAGGAAAAGAGGAACCGGUCAAGUCUUCUGCUGCAGAAGCCUGAAUUGCACCCAGAUGUCAAACUUGAGAGAUUUGAGAAAUUGACAAAGGCUUCAAGUGAAUCCCCUGAAACUGUAAAGAAGUGGGGUGAAUCUUUUGACAUGCUGAUUUCACAAAAAGCUGGAUUAGAUGCAUUCACAAGGUUUCUAAAAAGUGAGUUUAGUGAAGAGAACAUUGAGUUUUGGUUGGCUUGUGAAGAUUAUAAGAAGAGCACAGAUGCUUCUCAACUUUCACUCAAAGCAAAAACCAUUUAUGAGACAUUCAUUGAAAAAGAGUCUCCAAAAGAGGUCAACCUUGACUUUAACACCAAAGUAUGUACCAGUCAGAGCAUGAGUCUCCCAACACUCAACACUUUUGAUGCCGCACAAACCAAAAUCUAUGCCCUGAUGGAGCAAGACUGUUACCCACGCUUCUUGAGGUCUAACCUUUACUUAGACUUACUCCAUGGCAGACCUCCUGGCUGUUCUGCUCUUAGAAGGAGAUCACGUUCUUUUACCUUCAAUGACUUCAAAGACGCCCAGCCAGAUUUUGCCAUCUGGCUUUAAAGAAAUAUUCUCCCUUGUACUCAGACUGGUAAACAUCUCAGCACCAGCAAAGGGGCAUUACCUCAGAUGACUUCCAUGAAUGUAACUUCACAGUUUUUAUGGAACGGUGUCCCAUUUCACCUGUUGAUGAUCAGAUUGAUAAGUCUUCAGUGCUUAGCUUAGUUCAUUGUAUGAAUGUCCAACAGCUUUUUUUAUUCUUGGGUCCACUCUGCAGUCAGUGGUCUGGAAACCACUAGUGAGCAGAUGCUAAUAAUACUAGCAACACCAUUUAGUAAUUAGGACCUCAUGGUUUAGGAGCACAUGCACUCAGCAUAAUGGUUUAAAUACAAAUACUGUAUGUAUAUUUGCAUCUUAAAUACAUCCAAACAAUAGAUGUCAAAUUAAAAUAGGGAAUUUCUAUUUCAUACAACAUAAAAACAUUUUUGUAGGGGCAUCAGAGACCAUCUUGAGCUGCCAGCUGGCUCUCCCUUAUUUGGAGAUGCACCAAAUAUUUUUCAGAUGUGCUAUAUGUAAAAAUAUUCAUGCUCAACAUUCGGGGUUUUUUUUAAUGCAAACACGAGAAUGUAUAAAUUCAAUAUAAGCAAUAUGUUGCCAUGGGAGCAAAUGGUGACACAUAGGAGUUUAAGAAGGCAUCAUUUUCCAUUCUGCCCUGCAUUUGCCACAUGCAGUACUGUUUCUGUUCUGUUGUGGUUUGUCUUCCAUCAAAAACUACAUUAUUUGUCUAGCUGUCCACUGUAGUGUAAUCAAGUAACCUACAUAAUUUAUGUAUUUAAUGAUGUAAAUUACAUUGUCAUUAUGUUAUUCCAACCCAUUCAUUUCAGUUGCAAAGGAAAUGCAAUGCAAAGGGGGAAGAGAACAUAAUCAAUUACAGAUCCUUUGCAAGCUGAAAGUAAUGACAGUGAAUGCCGAUCGUGUCCACUGGAUUGAUCUCCAUUCCAAACAUGGAACAAAUAAACAAACUUCUGCAAUGUCAGCUCCCAUUUUCUUUUCUGUUGGAAUUCUCUUGACAUCCCUAGUUAUUUCAGGUGUUCUUGAUAUAGGAUUAAUUUUGGGAAUGUUCUGAAUGGGGAAAAAUAAUGAGAAAGAGAAACACCUUCACCCCUCUCCCAGCUAAGGAUGAGCUAAUCUAGAGGACUGUGUAUGAACUGACUCAGAGGAAGAGACUGAGUUGGGGUUCUGUAAGCAUCUUAGAAUGCUGGCUGCCCGCUGGAGAUAUGAUGUGUGAGCAGCGGACCUUGGCUGUCUGUUGGAGUGUUUAAGCUGUGCCUCCACCUAUACUCAACCUGUACAUUUGUAAAUAAAUGCAAUUUCACAAAA